GAAUCUAACCUAGAAAUUUAUUACCAUACCGGUUCUACUUGCGCGCUCGUGGUUGUAAAAAUUUCAUCAUUCAUUUAUAAAAAAGAAAGAAAUUUAGUUUUCCUAAAAAAUGGCACAAAGUAAAAUGGAUUUUGCAAUGAAACUUGGUAAAUUACCGCCUGGAUUAAAUUUGGGUGCAUCGGCAUUAAUUGGUCUCGGUGCCCUUGUCUACGGAGUUUCACAAUCAUUUUUCACAGUUGACGGUGGACAUCGUGGAAUAAUGUUUUCACGAGUAAGUGGAGUUCAAAAAGAUAUAUUCACCGAGGGUUUGCAUUUCCGUGUUCCCUGGUUCCAAUAUCCAAUUAUUUACGACAUCAGAAGCAGACCGAGGAAAAUCUCCUCACCAACUGGUUCAAAAGAUUUGCAAAUGGUUAAUAUUUCACUUCGAGUUCUAUCACGACCUGACGCCCUCACAUUGCCCGUAAUGUAUCGUCAACUUGGUCUCGAUUACGACGAGAGGGUAUUGCCCAGUAUUUGCAAUGAAGUUUUAAAAUCAGUCGUUGCCAAAUUUAAUGCCUCACAAUUGAUAACGCAACGACAGCAGGUGUCGAAUUUAAUUCGUAAGGAAUUAACAGAACGCGCACGUGACUUUAAUAUUAUUCUUGACGAUGUUUCAAUUACUGAACUUAGUUUUGGCAAGGAAUAUACGGCGGCAGUUGAGGCGAAACAAGUCGCACAACAAGAGGCGCAACGUGCUGCUUUUGUCGUUGAACGGGCAAAACAAGAACGACAACAGAAAAUCGUACAAGCCGAGGGUGAAGCCGAAGCAGCAAAAAUGUUGGGUCUAGCAGUCAGCCAAAAUCCUGGAUACCUAAAAUUGCGAAAACUUCGCGCUGCGCAGACAAUUUCACGCACGGUUUCGAAUUCAGCGAAUCGCGUUUAUCUCAAUGGCAGUUCAUUGAUGUUGAACAUUCAGGAUCCAGCGUUUGACGAUCUUUCGGAGAAACUCAAAAGUUCAGGGAGAAAUAUUAAGAAAUUGAGGGAGAGAAUGGAGAUGGUUAAUUCUAAUAUUGAAAAGCAGUUAAAGGAUUACGAUAAAGUUCUUUCUGAGGAAUACGCUUCCCUUCUCAUGGAAUCGGCGGAACUCGGAGCCAAACAAUUUGUAUCCUGAUUGAAUAAAUCCUCU